AUGGUGGGAAUACGCGAAGAGUCGAUAACAUCGACAAGCAGCAGCUCCAACUCCUACGAUCCACUUGGGUUCACUGUACCUGCGGAUGCUAAAACUAUAAUCGCACCCUCCUUUAGCCAACUCGUGGCGACUUUAAAGAUGCUGCAGGCCCAGUUUGGCACUCAGAGCCCCCCGGAAUCCCAAUACCUUCAUGUUUCAGGCCUACACCAAACAGUCUUUGAGAAGAUUGUAAACGACGAAACGAUCUUCCAAUCCGCGUUGGCCAUGGCCACGGUCUGCAACCAGACGAAUGAAAUCCUGUACAAAGUCAUUCCCAGUGCGCAGCAUGCAAAAUUUGCGCAAUUAUUUUCUAAUACCAUGAUGGAACGAUUGGGUCGGAUGGGUUUGAAGCCCCAUCUGGGCCACUGGGUGGGGCGAGGGUUGGGGAGGGCACAUGGAUGGACUUGUAGCAAGGAACCCAAUGGGUGGUUUGAGCCCAACGACGUUUUGGUCAGCAGCGGUGGGGGCGGAUACCCCUCGCUGAUUCUGGAGGUCGGUCUUUCACAAUCCUACGCUCAACUGCGGAAUGAUGCCUAUUGGUGGCAUGGAAACUCCGAUAUUCAAAGUCCGAAUGGGGAUCGACAGACAAAGAUGGUUGUUCUGGCUUCUCUCACGGGUGAGCCCGCUUGGCGCAUUGAUAUUGAGGUUUGGACCGAGGUACCUGAUACCCAGCCCAUGAGAAACACACGGAGUAGAUCUACCAGGACCCUUGAGCGGACUCAGCAUGUGUGCUUUGAAAAUGGGGUGGUUCAUGGGGGACCUUUGGUGUUGAGCUUUGACUUGAUGAUGCGCCGGCGGCCUUCUGGUAAGGAAACCGACAUUGUGCUCGAUGACCAGAUACUGGCAGAUCUGUGCCAUCAGGUAAUGUCAUAG